CUCCAGUAACACAGUUCAACACCAGUCUAUCCCUGAAAUUCUCUCUUUGUAACAGUAAUUAGAAGAACUCCCUCACUCUCUCAUUUUGAAUUAUCUACUAAAGCAAUAUUCUGGGAACCGUAGAUGUCCACUAAGCGAGCUGCAAUUCUCACAAACACAGCCCUAUCCAAGGUAUGUUCUUCACUCAACUCCUCAAAUUCAAGAAAAACCCUCACCUUCCUCAAAAAUCUUAGCACUGCCGCUCAAAGAUUAGAUUUUGAAAACACCAAUGGGUCUCAGUGCCAAGUAGAUGAUUCUUUAGAAUAUAAAAAAAAACAUAGUGAGAGCCAAAACCCUGCAGAUUUUCAUCACAAAUCAAACCCCAAUGAGGGUUAUAGAGAAAGCAAUACAAACGAUUUUGUAAGUUACCCAGUUGGGCAAAAUGGGAGUUUUAGUGGGUUUAAUGAGCAAAAUGAGUUUUACCAGAAUUCUAGUGGGGUUUAUAGGGAGAGCUUUAGAAGUACAUAUCUGAACAAGCCAGCUGGGCAAAAUGGAAAUUUUAGAGGAAAUUAUGAUCAAAAUGUUGGGCAGGUGCAGCAGAACCUAACUGUGAUUCAUGCUAAUAAUUUAACUAGUUUGGAGCAGAAUUCAAGUGGGUUUUAUAGGGAAAGCACAAGAAAUGGAUUUCAGAAUCACUCAAUUCAGCAAAAUGGGAAUUUUGGUGUGAAUUAUGGGUAUAACAAUGGAGAGUUCUUGCAGAACCAUCAUGUAUAUGGGGGAAAUGGACAUAUACAAAAUUCAUGUGGGUCGUCCCACAAGGGUGCUAGUGAAGUGAGGCAGAACCCAUAUGGGUUUGAUUCCCAAGGCCUUUCAGAAUCUCAGGGAAGCCUAAAUGGGAACUACAGGCAAAACUGUGGGCAAACUCAGCAAGCCCCAGGUGAUCAUAACUUGGGCAAUGUUGGAAUGUUUCAGCAUAGCCGAAGCUCUGGACAGUAUCAGCAGAACCAACAUGUUGUACAAUAUCCGCCAAACUUGAAUACUUUUCAGAGUAUGACAGAGGGUUCUCAAUUAUCAAAUAAUCCAAAACAAGAGGGGAAAUUUUCAGAGACACCUGAGAGUCACCAAUAUCUUGGUACUCUAGAGGAGCUAGAUGGUUUUUGCAAUGAGAGGAAAGUGAAGGAAGCCGUGGAAGUUUUAGGGUUGUUAGUUAAGCAAUGUCAUCCUGUGGAUUUACCCCGAUAUUUGCAGUUAAUGUGGGAGUGUGGUGAGGCUCAAUCUCUGCAGGAAGCAAAAUCUGUUCAUGAACACAUCAUAAGAUCACUCUCACCACUAGAAGUGAGUACCUAUAACAGAAUCAUGGAGAUGUAUGGGAAAUGUGGUUCUAUGGAUGAUGCAUUCAUGGUGUUUAAUGCAAUGCCAACCCGCAAUUUGACAUCAUGGGUUACUAUGAUGACAUGGCUUGCUAAGAAUGGUCUUGGGGAGGAUGCCAUUGAUUUGUUCACUCAGUUCAAGAAAACAGGAAUGAAACCUGAUGGUCGAAUGUUUAAUGGUGUUUUAUCUGCUUGUAGUGUUUUGGGAGACAUUGAUGAGGGAAUGUUGCACUUUGAAUCAAUGAUCAAGGAUUAUGGCAUAGUCCCAUCCAUGGAUCAUUAUGUGAAGGUAAUAGACAUGCUAGGAAGUACAGGAUAUCUGGAUGAAGCUUUUGAGUUCAUAGAAAAGAUGCCAUUGGAGCCAAGUGUUAAUAUAUGGGAAACCUUGAUGGAUCUCUGCAGAGUUCAUGGGCACAUGGAGCUUGGUGAUCGCUGUGCUGAGCUUGUUGAGCAGCUGGACCCCUCACGCAUGAAUGAGCAAUCGAAGGCUGGCCUUCUACCUGUAAAACCUUCAGACCUUGCAAAACAGAAAGAGAAGAAGAAACUUGCAAGUCAAAGUCUUUUAGAAGUUAGGAGCCGGGUCCAUGAAUAUCGAGCGGGAGAUAGAUCUCAUCCUAACACUGAUAAGCUCUAUGCGGAACUUAGGCAUUUAAGGGAACAAAUGAAAGAGGCUGGUUACAUACCAGAGACUAGAUUUGUGUUGCAUGACAUAGACCAUGAAUCCAAGGAGGAAGCUCUUCUUGCUCAUAGUGAGAGACUUGCUAUUGCUGAUGGUCUCCUUAACAGUCCAGUUCGUUCACCAAUUAGGAUAAUCAAGAAUCUUCGCGUUUGUGGUGAUUGCCAUACUGCACUAAAAGUCAUCUCAAAGAUCGUUGGCAGAGAAUUGAUUAUACGAGAUGCUAAGAGGUUCCACCAUUUCAAAGAUGGGUUGUGCUCUUGCCGGGAUUAUUGGUGAAAAAAGAAACUUGAGGGAAUCAACUUUUGCAAAAAUUAAGGGUAAAGUUGCCUACUAACCACUUCUCCUAGACCUCGUAGAAGCGAGAAGCCCUAUGCAUUUGGGGGGAGGGGUGCUGGGCUUGUAAGAUGGAAUUAGCUCAAUCUCAUAUUCUCAUGUUAGAGUCAGGUCAUGCAGGUCUUGCUGUAGAGAUUUCAAGGAAAAGCCACGGUGCUUACUCACAGGAAACUAGUGAAGGAAAACAAACACAACUUGCCUAGAGAACUCAGGAAGUCAGCAACUAAUCACUGCCCCUGUGAUGGAUGAUUUUUUACUAUUAUCAGUCUCUUGGCUCCAUGAAGGUAUGAUGAGGCAAACAAUUGGAAAGUGGUGCACUCUCAGCCACACUGAAGCAUUAUUCUUUCAAGUCCUCUCAGAUAAAUUUUCUGCUGUCUAUGUGAACUAGCAGUAGCCAUCUAUAUAUUGUUAAAACAUCAAGUUCAAAUCCCCACUUAUCCAAAA